CGGUUCCGGCAGUACCAGGAGCCGGGUCGAGAUGGGGGAAGAUGCGAGCGGAGGCCGGCGGUCGCCGGGCAUGGAGGCUAGAGUGGGAGCUGUGGCCUAGAGGUCCGGGCUUGGAGUUCGCCUCGGACGCGGCGGAACCGCCGUGAUCGGAGAAGUGAUUUGGGAAACAUGACCUUGGGACCCUGGAUCACACUCUGGGCAAGGCAGACGGUGACCACCUUCUCCUGAAGGCCUCAAAGGAGAAGACUGCCCUGCUGGACUUGGUCUUCAGGCACCAUGGAGGACAAACGCAACAUCCAGAUCAUCGAAUGGGAACACCUGGACAAGAAGAAGUUCUACGUGUUUGGUGUGGCAAUGACGAUGAUGAUCCGUGUCAGCGUCUACCCCUUUACCCUCAUCCGCACCCGGCUGCAGGUUCAGAAAGGCAAGAGCCUCUACCACGGGACUUUUGACGCCUUCAUCAAGAUCCUGCGAGCAGAUGGCGUGACUGGCCUCUACCGGGGGUUCCUGGUCAACACCUUCACCCUCAUCUCUGGCCAGUGCUAUGUCACCACGUACGAGCUCACCCGGAAGUUUGUCGCCGACUACAGCCAGAGCAACACGGUCAAAUCGCUGGUGGCCGGUGGCUCGGCCUCCCUGGUGGCCCAGAGCAUCACGGUGCCCGUUGAUGUGGUGUCCCAGCACCUGAUGAUGCAGCGCAAGGGCGAGAGAAUGGGCCGCUUCCAAGUGCGAGGGAGCCCGGAGGGACGAGGGGUGGUUGCCUUCGGCCAGACCAAGGACAUCAUCAGACAGAUCUUGCGGGCUGAUGGGCUUCGAGGCUUCUACCGAGGCUACGUGGCUUCACUGCUUACCUACAUCCCAAAUAGCGCCGUCUGGUGGCCCUUCUAUCACUUCUAUGCAGAGCAGAUCUCGUACCUCUGUCCUAAGGAGUGCCCGCACAUUGUCUUUCAAGCCGUCUCGGGGCCCCUGGCCGCGGCCACCGCUUCCGUCCUGACCAAUCCCAUGGACGUCAUCCGAACCCGAGUGCAGGUUGAAGGCAAGAGCUCCAUCAUCCUGACCUUCAGACAGCUGAUGGCAGAAGAGGGGCCUUGGGGCCUCAUGAAGGGCCUCUCUGCCAGAAUCAUCUCAGCCACGCCCUCCAGCAUUGUCAUCGUGGUGGGCUACGAGAGCCUCAAGAAACUCAGCCUCCGGCCUGAACUGGUGGACUCAAGACACUGGUAACCGGCGGCAGGGCGAGAGCCCUGCUGUUGCCCACACUACUUUGGGGCGGGGGUGGCGUGGGGAGGAUAGCACCCUCUCCAGGUGCCCCCGCCACACUCACAGCCCUGCCCGGGGCCAGGUGGCCUGUCUGGGACAGGGCAGAGACUCCGAACUGCUCUUGCUGAAGAGGCUCCACACCUGGACCCCCUGCCCCUGCUAUUUUUUAUUUUCUUGCCAACCUGGGCUCUCUGCUCAGUCCCGGUACUCCGUCCUGAUCCAAGGAACCCCCAUCCCCAGCGAUCCCACUCCCCCGUCCCCCGCGGAACCUUCUCCUGGCCUCCCCCGCCAUCUGUGCCCCUGAGACCCUGACGAGAGCUGUACAGGGCGCUGGUUUCCUACUGCCGGUCCUCCCCCCGGCCUCUCAGCCCGGAUUUCCAGCAGCUGUCGUCAGCCCUCUCCUGCUUCAUCUCGUAGGCUUGCUUCUUUUUGCUUUGGGACUGAGCCGCCACCCGACUGUUCUGUUUUCCCUGCCACUGGGGGCCAGGUGCCAGGUACUUCUGCACAGGGAGCAGGAGCAGCGAAAACCUCUGGUUCUCCAGAGCACGUGUCCUCUCUUCGGAGAGUUAUUAGGUUGGGGACAAAUGUCGAUACUUUA